AUGGGGACCAAAUCACUCAAAAGGAAGCCUAGUCUGGUCGAUCGCCUCCGCCAAUUUGGCUCGGCAGCCUUUUCUCCCUCUAAGACCACAUUUAUAACGGAGAAGCGAUCAGUCUACAUUCCAAUCCAGUCUGAGGACAAGCAUCCGGCUGCACGCUACCGUGACGAGGGACCUAGGAAGCCAGUGUCCAACGCUAGGUCUCAACAUCCCGGACAAGGCCUAGACUUGAACGAAUUGGACUACAAACUUGAGCAAUAUGCCAAAAGGUCUGUAGAAACAACGGAGACUGAGAUCGAUGCCGACUCAUAUGGUGUGCAACAACUGAAUGACCAGGCGUCGACAGCAGAUGCCUCGGAUGACGGACCAGAGCGUGACCCGAGCUCGUGCCUAGAACCAGUCGCCAGCUUGCAGCCUCCAUCUCAGGGGGUUGAGAGUGCUGAGUCCUGUCUUCUUCAUCCACAACCACCACCAGAGGAGUCAGUUCCAUCGGACUACGAGCUCUUCAUGCGAGAAGCGGAACAAGCAGAACGUCAACGGAAGGAGAACGGUGAACUACCUUCAAAGCCUACCCGUGAACCACCACUGAACCCAUUCUAUUCCAACAACUGGGAUGACCAAUCACAACCACCACCAAAACUGGCAGAAAUCCAAGAGGUAGUCGACGACGAUGGAAGAGAAGGUGACGACGCUCUCCCAACUUCAGGGGAUCGAGAGUCAGACCGGCAUGCGUCAUCCUCCGAAGCAUCCAGUGAGGAAAAUGCUGAGAAAGCUCCUCCGCCGAAGAGCACGAUUUCGCGGGCCAACACAGACAUCGGUGGGGAGAGGCACAUCAAGUUCAGCAACACAUGUGGGGCCAGGGAAAAUUGGGAGAGAAGAGCCUCAGCACCUAAUUGUGCCACCCGCGUCAAGUCACCGUCCAGGCCGGUACGGAAACAGAAGAGCAUCAAGCAGCUCAUUGCGGAUUAUAUCCGGCCGCCUCGCAAUUAG